AUUCAAGAUCACCGUGGAUCAUUUGAACUGCGGAUAUCUUUGGACGGUCAACAACUUACAAACUAUUUUACUUGUCUCAUUUGAACAACGCAAACAGCAUGUCUUCAAAUCUAUCUGUUUACACUGUUUUUGAACUCAUAUAAGCUUACAGGCAAUUACUAAGAUGCUUAUUCAUAGCAUUUUGCAACAAAAGUAAAAUAAUGCUCAGUAUCGAGUGAGACAUUACGCAAAGGGAUUUUAAAAUCUCCGAAGCUCGUUGAAAUUCUUAAGCAUUCGAAAAACAAACGGAUCGUUUCAGAGGAGAUAAGGAUUUCUUAUCUAUCAAAUAAUGUGUUUGCUUAUUGAGAAUGAUAGAAUAAAUACCGAGAUUUUUUAGAUAAUUAGUUGUGAUUUUGGUUUUUGUGCGAAAAGUUGCCAUUGCUGUGAGUAAGUGACCAGAAACUAGUUUUUUAAAUCAUUCCGGAUUCUUCUCAAGAGGAGUACAGUUUAGUUGAGUAAAUAAAAAUCUUCACCGAAUAACUGCAUCAUCAGCCAGGUCAAAGUUCGAAACACAGUGUCGCGAAUUUUUAAAGGAAUUUUAAUGACAUUUUAUUAGUGUUAAAAGACUGAUUUUUAACGAACUACCCAGUAGUGAUAGAAGCAAUUUCAAACUUGGAUGGCGAACAAAAAUAUGAAUGACGUCGAUGGUGUCAGUGCGCUGGAAGGAAAGAACAACGAGAAAUAUGGCUUGGGAUACCAAAAUACCUUGAUGUAUGGCCGGUAUAGCCGGCAGUUAGGAGAAUUUGCCAAAUUAGAAGGUUUAAAAGCUCAAGAGAAAAGAAGACUUAAAGAAGAAAAAGCUCGAAAGAAGGAACUUAGAGGAUAUCAAGGCAAAUUAGCAAAAAGCAUCGCCUUUCUAUGGAAGCAUACGUUUGCGCGACUUGGCGAAGACUGGGUCUUUUUGGCCCUGUUAGGUGUGAUCAUGGCAGUCUUAAGCUUUAUAAUGGACAGCGGCAUAUCCAUGUGUAGCUCAGCAAGACUCUGGCUAUACAAUGACCUUUCAAGCAAUCCUGCUGCCCAAUAUGCAUCCUGGGUAAUCUUACCAUUAACACUCAUACUGUUCAGUACAGGAUUUGUACAUUUGGUAGCACCACAAUCAAUAGGUUCGGGUAUUCCGGAGAUGAAAACCAUUUUAAGGGGAGUAGCACUAAAGGAGUAUUUGACUUUUAAAACUCUUGUCGCUAAAAUUAUCGGAUUGAUGUGCACUUUAGGCAGUGGCGUACCACUUGGGAAAGAAGGACCUUUCGUACACAUCGCCAGUAUCUCAGCAACAUUACUAAGUAAGUUGGUAACAGGAUUUCAAGGCAUAUACGAAAACGAGAGUAGGACCACUGAAAUGUUAGCUGCAGCAUGCGCCGUCGGUGUCGCUAGUUGUUUUGCUGCGCCUGUUGGAGGUGUUCUUUUUAGUAUUGAAGUAACAACUACCUAUUUCGCGGUCAGAAAUUAUUGGAGGGGUUUCUUUGCGGCAGUAUGUGGAGCCACAAUGUUCAGAUUAAUGGCUGUGUGGUUUCAAAGUGCCGAUACCGUUACGGCUGUUUUUAAAACCAACUUUUACAUGGAUUUUCCUUUCGAUCCUCAGGAGUUGUUUGUUUUUGCAUUGAUAGGGGCUAUCAGUGGGUUAGGUGGUGCCUUUUACGUAUGGGUUCAUCGACAGUAUGUGCUGUUUAUGAGGAAAAGCAAAACGAUUAACAGCUUUUUACAAAAGAAUCGGUUUUUGUAUCCUGGUAUUGUCACACUUUGCGUGUCUACUUUGACUUUUCCUCCCGGAACCGGGCAGUUUUUAGGGGGUGAUCUAACAACCCAUAAUCAAGUGGUGACGCUGUUCAGCAAUUUUAGCUGGACUAAAACCAAUCAUACCCCAUAUGAAGAGAGCAUCAUCAAGCAUUGGAAGACUGACUAUACUGGUGUGAUAUUUUGUUUACAUAUUUAUAUUAUUUUUACGUUUAUAGCAUCUAUAAUAUGUUCAACCAUACCAGUGCCUGCUGGAGCCUUCAUUCCAGUAUUCAAAAUUGGAGCCGCUAUAGGGCGAGUCGUUGGAGAACUUAUGCAUCUGUGGUUUCCCCAUGGUAUGAGAUAUGGAGGUAAAGUAGCCGACAUUAUCCCAGGCGGUUAUGCUACAGUUGGUGCAGCUGCGUUUUCAGGAUCUGUGACCCAUACCAUUUCAGUAUCUGUUAUAGUAUUUGAAAUGACUGGACAGAUAACCCAUAUCAUACCGAUAAUGAUUGCUGUGUUAAUAUCGAACGCCAUAGCAAGCUUACUGGCGCCUAGUAUGUACGAUAGCAUCAUCCUAAUCAAACGCUUACCGUAUUUACCAGAUCUAUUGCCUAGUAGUAGUGGCAUGUAUAGCAUAUACGUGGAGGACUUUAUGAUAAGAGAUAUCAAAUACAUUUUUCAUGGAAUGUCAUAUGAAGAACUGAAGCAACUGCUUAAGGAAAACCGCAGACUGCAAAGUUUUCCUUUAGUUGACAAACCCGAAAGUAUGGUUUUGUUAGGUAGUAUUCAACGAUUGCAACUAAUUCAGUUGAUUGAGAAGCAUAUCGGCCGAGAAAGAAGACUGCAAGUGGCUGCUAUCAGACAAAAAGAGGCGGCUGAAAAGGCAAGACUACAAUCUGAAGAACGGAAACGCAGACCAUCCAGAUUCCAAGUAACACCGGCUCCAGAUAUGUUGCAGAGGCAACUGUCUGAAAACCAAUUGGAAGCACAUCAGCACAGUUACACUCCCAACUUUGGUACUCAGCCAAAAAAAUCGAUUCUGAAGAAGACCAAUUCUUUCACACUUAAGGGAAUUUCGCCAUUUAUGGGCACCAGUCCAGGACACACCCCUUACAGUACUGUAACUGGUGCAGAAAGCCGAUUUCGGUCAGCGUUCGAAGCAAUAUUCAGAAAGUCUGCUCAACUCCAAGAUGUCGAAAGAAAUGAUAGUAAUCCGGUUCUCGAUACGCAACUGUCCCUGGAAGACAGGCCGCAAAUCAUUCCGAUGAGCCCGUCUACAUCCAAAAAGGUUCAAUUGCCCAAAGAAAGAGUAUGCGACAUGAGCCAUGAGGAUCAGAAGAAAUGGGAGGAAGAGGAGAUGCAAAUUCCAGUAGAGUUUACCGCUUGCCACAUUGACCCUGCUCCAUUCCAGUUGGUAGAAAGAACCUCGCUUUUGAAAGUCCACUCGUUAUUUUCUAUGGUGGGAGUUAACCACGCAUACGUUACAGCUAUAGGUAGGCUAGUAGGAGUUGUUGGCCUAAAAGAGCUGAGAAAGGCUAUUGAAGAUGCGAAUAGCGGCAACUUACCACAGGCUGAUGCACUGAACUCCAACGGAACGGUUAGUGUGAACGAUAUUAAAGAACCGCUGGAAGAUGUAGAUGACAGUGCUCAACUCGUCUCAAAAGCUUGAAAAGACAGUAAACUGAAUUAUCAGUUCCUUUGUACAUUUUUCUUGGCAACUCCAAACGAGUUUAAGGCAAAAAUAGUUUUGCUCUGAAGUUAACUAUAUAACUACGCUAUUGUCUUUUCAAACUGGAUGAGUUGGGGAGUAACAGUAUGCAAAAGGGCUCAAAGUAGAUAUAUAUUGUCUGUGUAAGUAGGUAUAUCUAAUAGUAGAUAGUCUAAAUACUAAUAGCAAUUACGAAUUUUGUGACAUUAGACAGAAAUGUAAAAUUCACGCUGUGUGAAGUGUGAAUAAAGAAAAGCAGUACCUAUACAGUCUAUGUAAUAUAACUUUCGUUUCACCCCAAAUGCUACUAGAAAGUAACAUUUUCGGAGGAGGAUUCAGUUUAAAUACUUAAAAAUUGCCACUCUUUAUCUGAUAUCACUUCAUAUCGUCGCAGUAUUUUAAUUUUGAUUUAAUUCUAACGACAUUGCUUCUUUAAUCGCAUAUAAUUAAUAAAAUUUAUAUUUGUGCAGUUUCGGUUUGGAGUUGAGACAAUAAUUUGGCAAUUCUCGUUUUUCCUUUUUCAAAUUAUUCAUGUUGAUAUUGUUUACGUGCACAAUUUUCUACAGGUGGUUCAUACGAAAACUCAGCAGAUUCGGUUUUUUGUGUACCUACCUACUGUUUUACGAUUAUUUAUGUAAAGUUGCUUACACCGUUUAUGAGAGUUUUAGAGUUUUAUUAAUUUGUUUAAGCAAUAAGGAAAGUUAGUUUUUCAUUGCUCAAAUGAGUUUCGAUAAAAUAAUAUUGUCAUUAUGGUAAUGAAAUUGUUGAAGAAAUAUUUGCAAAAAUUCGAACAACGAAAUUUGUGUUACAUAGACUGUAGGACGACAAUUUAACAUGUGCUGUUAUUUACUAUUUCCUUUGCAUCUAUAUAUAAGCAAUAUAAUAAAGACUUCAGAUCAGAAAGUUAAAUCACGCUUUAUUCUUGUAUGUCUCUUGUCUUUUCUUGUCAGAUACUUUUCUGUUUUUGUCAUUGAGACAUGUUAUUGUCCUUUGUUCUAUUAAUAAACUAGGCCUCCUGUGAUAGUUCUAAAGUAGAUAGUAUAAUGUUAUAGCCUUCGUUUGUUCAAUAGUAGGCUAACCAAACUAGUAUACAGAGCGUCUCGUUUCCUGGCAUAUUAAAAUUAUAAAAAUUUUGGAGCAUAAUAUUUGGAUCUUUUUCAGCUCACAAAGAAUAUGUCCAUAUUUGGCAGUAAGUAUGUCUACAAAUUCAAUAAUCGACCAGGCGAUUAGUAAUUGGUAAAAUUGAAAUAUUUGACAAAAUUGUGAGUCUUCCAAAUAUAAGAAAAAAUGCAUUAAGGAAAAAAAUUAAUAAUAGAACAUAUGCUUGUAAUUAUCAAGCACAAAAUGUUCUUUCAGUUUCAAGAAUGUUUAGUUGGAUUUGAAGUUGACCUGAAUUAUAAGAUUCCUAUAAUAUUCCGAACUACACAUGACGGUGAAAUCAUAUUCUGAAGUUUAAAUGUAAAUCUGCUUGUAAAGCUGUAAAUCUAAAAUCUCUCGAAGGGUAUUGUAAAGUGAUGAAACUGAAGAGUUAGAGAACUUUUAUGGUUUCUAAUGCCCAUAUUGCUUUACCACCAACUUUCAGAGUUGCAUGGAAGCCUACAAUAAACAUUUUUCAUAACAUAGGUUUAACUAUAACUAUUUUUAUAUGAUUUUCAAUUCCUUGAAUAUCUAAUGAGAAACUAAAAUUAGGUUCUUAAGUUAUUAUUGCAAAUAAAAUAUAGCGCCAUUAAUUCGAAUAGUUGUUAAAUUUACGCCGUACUUUCAAUAGAAAAUACUAAUAUUUUCAUAUUUUACCCUUUGUUCCAAUAUUUUUCUUUAAUGUAUUUCCAUGUAAAUAAUUUUGCGUUUCUAGAUUCAUUUUAAGAGAUUGAUACAAGGGAUCAUACAUCGAAUGAUGUAUCAAUCAAAGUUGUGAUAGUACGUAAGUCCAAAUCUGUUGUAUUUGUAUAUUUGUUUUAAUUAAAAAUUAAGUACCAUUUUAA